AUGGAUGCCAUGGAGCUGCCCCAAAAGGAUACCGAUGGCAGCGCUACGGUCGUAGAGGAGGUCCUGCGAAUCCACCGGAGGGAGAUGGCAGCUUUGCUCACUGACUGGCUAUCCAGACUGGAUGUGACACUGGCUACAUCUCUCGUACCAACAGGCAUCCGCUCCCCGAACCCGCAAGCCUAUGGCAUCCGAAGUUCCAUCAGAACGGCUAGGUCCGGGUGGAAGCCGUCGAAAGCCUCGACAAAAAGCGGGUUCAGGCUCGAGGACGAGACCUCUGACCCAGAGUCCGCAUUAGAGGAUCAAGGGGGCUGUGUGAUGAGCCCAUCAUUGAGCCCCAAAGCCGCGCAAACACCUGAAGACUCCAUCGAAGAGGGCUCAGAAAUGGAGUCUGCAACAUCACCCAUGCGGCCUGCACGAAUGGACAGUGCCCUGAGCUAUGAAGAGGCGAAGAUGACUGAUGUUGAGAUCUCUAAAGCGUGGCACAUGGGCCUCGGAUCAGGAGGCCUCAGAGGAGCGCCACGCGCGAGCUUGACGUUGGGCUGGUGGAACAAGUUCCGCCUGCAAGUGGCAAAUGCCAUGAACUCUGAGAAGGCCACUGCAUUUUGGACCUUCCUGAUCCUCACCAACUCCAUUUUCCUGGGAAUUCACCUGCAGUGGAGUUCAACCGCCAGGGAGUCAACUCCAAACGACACAUUUGAUGUCAUACAUUUGGUGUAUGCUGUGCUGUUUACAUUGGAGGUGGGUCUGCGCAUCAUUGCCUUUGGACCCCGAGAAUAUGUCUGCAACAAAGAUUGGAAAUGGAAUUGGCUGGACUCGUUUGUGGUAAUCACGGCCUGGAUCGAGUUCGUAGCAGAUAAAGUAGCCGCAGGAGGCGGUGAUAUGCGCGGGACUAACACGAAUCUUCGCAUCAUCAGGGUGCUACGCUUGGGCAGACUGGUACGUGUCAUGCGCAUCGUUCGCGUGGUGCGUUUCAUCCGUGCCUUGCGUACUCUUGUGGCCUCUCUCAUGGGAACAUUAAAGUCACUCUUCUGGUCUUUUCUUCUCCUUUUCCUGGUAAUCUACAUAUUUGGCAUACUGUUCACAGAUGUCGCACUGGAUUUCGCCAUGGAGAACAACUUGGCUGAUGACAAUUUAACAGUGGUUUACUUUGGCAACCUCUACAAAUCGAUGAAUACGCUUUUCCGCGCCAUCUCAAAUGGUCUGAGCUGGGCGGAGGCUGCAGAGUCCUUUGCUCCAGCAGGUCAAUUCUGGGUCCAGUGCUUUCACCUGUACGUGGCUUUCUGCCUGCUGGCUUUACUGAAUGUAAUGACUGGUGUUUUCUGCAACAGUGCUAUCAAAGCCGCCGAGAACGAUCACGACCUUGCGGUGCAGUCGUUGGUGCAGACAAGGAAGGAGAUGCAAGACCAGGUUGCCCAGCUCUUCAGGACCAUUGACGAGCGUGGAUUGGGACAAGUGACUAUCUCGGAGUUCGAGCGCAACUUCGACAAAGAUGCGGUCAAGGCUUUCUUCGAAGUGUUGAAGAUAGGCGCCGUCGAUGCUUGGACUUUAUUUUCCAGCUUGGACAAGGAUGGCGACCACACGGUCAGCGUCGAUGAAUUUACUGAACGCUGUUUGCAGCUCCAUGGCCCUGCAAGGGCUGCCGAUUUGUUUGCGAUGAAGCAGCAAACUGCAAAAUUGGCAAGGCAGCUGCGAAGAAUGGAGGAGCUUCAGGGUCGCCUGAUCUUUCAAGUUGCUCAGAUGACGCGUUCUAUGGUGACUUCUGAGGAGGCAAACGGCAUUGAAAAAGCUGAGCAAGUCACCUUCAAGUUCUAA